UCAUCGUUCAUCCAAGUUGCCAUCCAAACAUCUUAAUCGAUGGUGCUUGGAAGCAUGUAGUAUUUGGAACACAGAAGAAAAAGGCUUCAAGUUGGCCUUGCAAAUUUUGGGCAAGAUAUCAGAAGGUUCUACCGUUCUAGAGACUUCAGUUACCACCACAAGCUGAUCCAAAUUUGUACAGCGACGUCGCGGGUCUACCGGUAGCCUACUACUAGCGUGGAGCAUGUCUUCCCGAAAUGUGUUCAUAAUCUUUGAGAAACUGCUACUAGUGGUAGUGGCCCGGUUUGCUAAUCUUACGGAUGAUGGAACAUGCGGCAAUUUGACUCUUCGUAGCUUCUUUAUGUAGGUGACCACUUGGUCUUGCAAACAAAAGAUAGAAGCACAAUUUCCCGAAACCAAAAUGGAGGCUAUUUUGUGAGAGAUUCUUGCUAAAUUUACAUGAAACCUCAGGUAUGCUCCGUUUUGGCAUAACAGUCAGUCAGAAACAUCUUUUAGGAAACAUAUUUCACCACGGCGCAGCAUAACGCAUCAACCAUAAUUAGCCGAAGGAUUUCUUAGGCCUAGCGGAUUUCAGCUAUUAAUCCUCUCUGGCCUCCUUUGGAACAAAAGAAUUGUGGAGGGAAAAUGAAAGAAUCAAAAUUCCAAAAGAAAAAUUCCAAGAGGUCCUUUGGAUGGUAGGAUUGGCGCAAAGGAAUUUCGUAGGAUUGAAAGAUUUCCUCCAUAAGUUGAGAAUUCUGGCUGAGCUCUAACAUCAUGUUUUCAGUUCCUUUGAAAGUUCUAAUACAUCUUAUCUCUUUAUCUCCCUUGCUAAUGAACAUCUAACUGUCAAAUUCUUGCACUUUUAAUGUGAAGCAUGCAAACACUCCAUGUGAGUAAUUUCCACGGUUUUCCAUUUCAUAGAAUUCAAAUGUUAGGCAAUUUCAAUUCUGCAAUUUUCAUAUUCCUGAAAAUUAUGUGUUACAAAUGAGGCCUAAAGUGGUUUGAGUAUAUGUUCAUUUUUCUGAAUUUCUGCUUCUCCCCCAACGCCACAAAAGCGCUCCUCCUGAAGGCAGGAACCCUAGCCCCAGGAUCAGGGAACCGCAGAUGGCCGCGUCCCGGCGUCUCCACUGCUCGAAAUCCGGUCCGUCCACUUCUGCGGGAGACAUGGACGACUGACUAUGCAGCCACAGCGCGAACCGACACCCCGGGCGGCAUAUCACACGAGCACAACAGUAUUAGCUGCUGUUCAUCUCUCAUCUCUAACCAUGAUCACCUAGCCGUGCUCCCCUCCCCCUCUCUCUCUCUGCCCACAGAUUCCCCCCCCCCCCCUCCCUCUUCCCCCUCUCUCCCUAGCCUCUGGCCUAUUAUUGUUGGGUGUGGACAAGGCACAGGCGCACAGGCUCGAACAGUAGAUGCUGUAUUGAGGAGGCCGGAGGGAGGAGGGCACGGCGCUGCAGGAAGGCUGCUAAGCUGGCGGGUUCUGCUUACUGCGUCAACCCAAACAGUGGAGGUUCCAGUCCCCAUUUCCCAAUUAUGGACAGCCAGCAGCGAGCGGGAGAAGACUGAGACCGGUCGCCAUUGCUUCCGGUUGAGGACCACAUCUUCUCCUAUCUAUUAUAGGUCUGCAAACUGUUCGGCAAAAUGAGGCCUUCAGAUGACAGGGCGCAGCUCUCAGGCUUUGCACAAUCAGAAGAAUCAUCACUUGAUGUGGAGGGGCAUUGCUACCAUCACCAGUCAUUCCCUUGUUCUCCAUCAAUGCAACCGAUUGCUUCUGGGUGCACACACACAGAGAACAGCGCGGCAUACUUCUUAUGGCCAACAUCAAACCUUCAGCAUUGUGCCGCCGAGGGACGUGCAAACUACUUUGGCAACCUUUCGAAAGGACUUCUGCCCAAGUCUGGCCGGUUGCCCAAGGGUCAGCAAGCAAAUAGCUUGCUUGACUUGAUGACUAUAAGAGCUUUCCACAGCAAGAUAUUGCGCCGUUUUAGCCUUGGGACGGCAGUGGGCUUCCGCAUCAGGAAAGGGGUUCUGACAGAUAUCCCCGCGAUUCUUGCCUUUGUUGCUCGCAAGGUUCACAAGAAGUGGCUUAAUCCGACCCAAUGCCUUCCUGCUAUUGUUGAGGGUCCAGGAGGUGUUUGGUGUGAUGUCGAUGUUGUUGAGUUUUCCUAUUAUGGUGCACCAGCUCAAACUCCUAAAGAACAAAUGUUCAGUGAGCUUGUUGAUAUGUUGUGCGGCAGUGAUGAAUGUAUAGGUUCAGGCUCUCAGGUUGCAAGCCAGGACACUUUUGGAACUUUGGGUGCGGUUGUUAAACGGCGAUCUGGCAACAAGCAGGUUGGUUUCCUCACCAAUCGACAUGUCGCAGUUGACUUAGACUAUCCAAACCAGAAGAUGUUUCACCCAUUGCCACCCAAUCUUGGGCCUGGUGUUUAUCUUGGAGCUGUCGAAAGGGCAACAUCUUUCAUCACUGAUGAUGUUUGGUAUGGAAUUUAUGCUGGAACAAACCCAGAGACAUUUGUACGAGCCGACGGGGCAUUCAUCCCAUUUGCUGAUGACUUCGACAUCUCAACUGUCACAACUACAGUUAGGGGAGUUGGUGACAUUGGGGAUGUCAAGGUUAUAGAUCUGCAGUGUCCGCUUAAUAGCCUCAUAGGGAGGCAAGUAUGCAAAGUUGGCCGAAGUUCUGGUCACACAACUGGGACUGUGGUGGCUUAUGCCCUUGAGUACAAUGAUGAGAAAGGAAUAAGCUUCUUCACUGACCUCCUUGUUGUUGGUGAGAACCGCCAGACAUUUGAUUUGGAAGGUGAUAGUGGAAGCCUUAUUAUCCUGACCGGCCAGGAUGGUGAGAAGCCACGUCCUAUUGGGAUAAUAUGGGGUGGCACAGCAAACCGUGGGAGGCUAAAGCUUACAAGUGAUCAUGGCCCUGAAAAUUGGACUAGCGGCGUUGAUCUUGGCCGCCUUCUGGAUCGUCUGGAACUUGAUCUUAUCAUAACAAAUGAAUCACUCCAAGAUUCCGUGCGGCAGCAGAGGAUUGCUUUGGUGGCUGCAGCCAACUCCGCCGUUGGGGAGUCUUCCACCGCAGUUGUUACCAUCCCAGAAGAAAAGGUGGAAGAGAUCUUCAAGCCUUUAGGGAUCAAAAUCGAGCAGCUGCCUCGACAUGACGUGCCAGCCUUGGGCACUGAAGGGGAGGACGCAACUGUGACCAAUGUUGAAGAGCGUCAGUUCAUCUCAAAUUUCGUCGGUAUGUCCCCCGUGCGCCGUGACCAGGAUGCUCCAAGGCACAUCGCCAACCUGAAUAAUCCAUCAGAGGAAGAACUCGCCAUGUCGCUGCACCUCGGUGACCGGGAGCCCAAACGGCUUCGCACGGACUCGGAAUCAGACCUCGACCUGGAGAAGUGAAGCGCUCAUUCGGGGUCUCGGGAUUGUCGUGUGGACAUUCAGAAUUAGUUCCACGAUCCUCUGCAGUUCAGCUAACUGAACCUGCAGUGUUAGCUUGAACAAGCAGCUUCCUGGCAAAGCAUAUCAUGUGAAACUUGAUUCAGCCCUUGGUAUCCCUGCAGUUCUGCUGUGCUCAUGAGACUUGAUAUGCACAAUGCUGUACCUCCAAUCCUGGAGAACAAUGUGGUGAUAUGGUCACUAUCACUUGUGCGCUAUAAUCAAUUAUUCAUGAUGUUUCAAGAGCA